AGUGCCGAUCAUAUUUUAUCUGUUCUAAUUUUGGUUGUUUGUUGAAUUUUUUUUCUUAUCAUAGGAACUCAAAGUCUUAAACUCGUAGCAUGGCUGAACAAGGUGAUAAGGUGAUAGCUGAAAGUGAGGCUUCAAAUGUAGCAAGUCAAGCUGAAAUAACUCAAUCAACUAGUGCUAAAAAAAGGAGAAAAAGGUCUGUCGCGUGGGAUCAUUUUACAGAAGUUGAAACUUCCGAAGGUACGAAAGCAAAAUGUAGCCAUUGCUACAAAGUGUAUUGUUUUAAGUCAAGAGACGGUACGUCCACUCUUCUUGGUCAGUUGAUGACGUGUCCUAAACUUCCUACUCCUCUUGUUGAUAAAAAACAAUCAACCAUAGGCUUUAAAUCUAUUCCGGGGGGUACUCAAGGGGACGUAGCCGUUGUCUCUUGGAAAUUUGACCAAGAAGAGUGUAGGAAGGCUUUAUGUCGUAUGGUUAUAGUGGAUGAGCUUCCUUUUAGCUUUGUCGAAAAAGAAGGCUUUAGAGAAUUUAUGAAAAUGGCGCAACCUCAUUUCUGGAUCCCUUCCCGUAGUACUGUCACUAGGGACUGUUUUAAUCUUUUUAAUGAAGAAAAGCAAAAGUUGAGGAGGCAUUUUAUAGAAACAAAACAGAGACACAUGGACUUCUAUACAAAGAAUUAAUUACAUGUGUAUCACUGCCCAUUGGAUCGAUAGUGAUUGGAAUAUGCGCCAGAAAAUACUUAAUUUUUGUCCUAUUAUUAGCCAUAAAGGUGAAGAUAUGGCAAAUGGUAUUAGUAGAUGCUUACGUGAGUGGGGGAUAAAUAAGAUCUUUACUAUCACAGUUGAUAAUGCAAGCUCAAACGCUGUGACAGUAAAAGAAUUGUCUAAACAAUUAACAAAAAUGGGAACUAAUUUGAUGAACGGUAAUCACCUUCACGUGAGGUGUAUGGCUCAUAUCAUGAAUCUUGUCGUCCAGGAUGGUUUAAAAGAAUGCUCUUUGUCUAUUGAACGUGUUAGACAUGCAGUUAGAUAUGUUAGACAGUCUCCCGCGAGGUUGAAAAGAUUUCAAGAAAGCUGUGAUGAUGAACAAAUCAAUUGCAAAAAAUCUUUAUGUUUAGAUGUCCCAACUAGGUGGAACUCCACCUAUCUGAUGUUGAGUAGGGCUGUUGAAUUUGAGAAUGCAUUUUCAAAUUAUGCUUCUCGUGAAAUCGGCCUGAGACAUUAUCUUGAAAAUUCUUAUGUUGAAGUUGGAAUUACUGCCGGUGAACUUUUGAGCAGUGAUUGGGUCCAUGUGAAAAGAAUUACGAGAUUUCUUGAGAUCUUUUAUCUUCUUACUUUGAAAAUAUCUGGAUCACGUUAUGUUACGUCAAAUAUUCAUUUUCUUGAAAUUUGUGCGGUUGCUGUUUAUUUGAAUAAAUUAAUGGCAAGCGAAGACACUGGUUUAAGUGAUAUGGCAAAGAAGAUGAAAGAAAAAUUUAAUAAGUAUUGGGGAGAUCCAACAAAAAUGAACAAGAUAAUUUUCAUUUCAUGUAUUUUGGAUCCUCGUUACAAGCUUGAAUCAGUUGGCUAUGCACUUGUAAAGAUGUUUGGAACGCAAGGGCCAUCUAUACAAGCAGAAAUAAAGAAGUACAUGACUUCAUUAUUUAACGAGUAUGUAAAAUCAAGCUCAAAAGGCAGCGUGCUUGAUGUAUCUUCACCUUGCUCUUCAAUGGACACGUCUACUUCCGGGAUUUCUGGCAGUGAAGAAAGUACCCAAAGUACAGGACUUUAGAAUCACUCAUGCAAGAUCUAAAGAGCUAUAAAACAGCGAGUGGAGGUGUGGAUGCUAGAACGGAGUUAGAUAAAUAUUUUGGUGAAGAAACUGAGGAUGACACUAAAGAAUUUAACAUCCUAGACUGGUGGAGAAUGAACUCGGCUAGAUUUCCUAUUAUUGCUGAGAUGGCUCGUGAUGUAUUAGCUGUCCCUGUUUCAAGUGUGGCAUCUGAAUCUACGUUUAGUACGGGUGGACGUCUUCUUGAUUCAUUUAGGAGUUCAUUGACUCCUAAAUUAGUGCAAGCUCUUGUGUGUCUUCAAGAUUGGCUUCGAAGUGAAAAAUUAAAACAACCUGUUAGCGUUGAGGAAGAUCUUGAUAAUCUCGAACAGCUUGAACAGGAUUUAGCCAGGGCUGGGAAAGAUCCUAUCGUAGUUGACAUAUAGUAGAAGGAUACUUGCUGGUUGCUGCAAUAGAAAAAACAACCAGCAGUUGUGCAAGGAAAAGAAAAUAUGCUAUUUGAUUACAUUGGCAGAAGUAGACUAAUUAGAUGUGCAGAAGAAUUGAUUAUAUAUUUACUUUGACAUAUGUUGAUUUUAUCUGAAUGCGUUUUGGUUAUGGAUCAUCUGCAUGUGAGAUUUACUACAGCUGGAAAAGAAGAAAGUUUACGGUUAUAGUCUAUUUGCUUAAUUUAUAGAACUGGUGAAUUUUGUCGAGAGAACUGUGAGGAUGAAGCAGGCUUCAUCUCCAAACAAGCCGAUUUAUUUAGUUGGAGAUUCAUUUGGAGGGUGUUUGGCUCUUGCUGUUGCUGCUCAUAACCCUAAGAUCGACCUUGUUCUGAUAUUAGCUAAUCCAGCAACUUCCUUUGGGAAGUCACAGCUCCAACCUCUGCUUCCUCUUCUAGAGUUUUUGCCUGAUGAAAACAACUUAUUAGUGAUCUGUUUAGAUGGCAUAACUUAGUACUUUAUAUUUUAUGUUGUUUGACUGAACUGACCAAUUCUUGUUAGAUCUUCCAAGAAUAUAAUGCUCUAUUAUUGUUGAAAAUAAAAGUUUGAAGAGGCAAA